AUGGAUACCUCUGUCCUUUGGGUAGCCGCCGGUUUCGCGUGUGCCAUAUUCAUUGUCUACAGUGCCUGUCUUAUCAUAUACCGACUCUACUUUUCCCCUCUUGCGCAAUUUCCUGGACCAAAACUAGUCGCAGCAACAGCGUGGUAUGAAACAUUCAUCGACGUCACGAGGAACAACUUCCACGAAGUUCUACUGGACAUGCAUAAGAAAUAUGAAUACUUCAGCAAGCUCUAUGUUCCGGCUGGGAUUCGACACACCAACUCGAUGGUUGCAAGAUUUGGCUUUGGUCUCGAAGGCUCCUUCGUCCGCCUCGACCAAGCGUAUUCGGCAUAUCUGGGUGAUAUCACCGUUGAGCUCACUGUUGGCGAAUCCUCACAGCUGCUGGAAGAGCCCGAUUUCGCCCCUGAGUGCAUCUUACUUGUGAACCCUGUCAUCCGAAAUUUCCCCCUUCUGGGCAGGUAUGGAAUCCUCAUUGCCACCCUCAUGUUCCACAAGGAAGCAACUAAGCCCUACAGAUUACUGAUGACGGUUCCAAUGAGCUGCAUGCAAUGGGCUUUUCCACGGAUAGCAGCAUUCAAGAUGUGGCCUGUGCUCGGCCGGGACAAAGUCAACAACGUCAAGUCCGACCUUGCGAAAGAAAGCGAUCCGGAGAAAUUCUCCUUCUUUCACACCCUUCUCAGAAGCGACCUACCCGAGUACGAAAAGCAUCCAUCUAGGUUAGCUGCCGAAGCAGUGGGCGUAUUCGGCGGCGGAACCAUCAACCCUACAUCUGCGCUCGCCUUCAUUACGUUCCACAUACUCGCCAACGCGAAUAUGCACAGGCGCCUACAAGAAAGCCUGUCGGAUGUCAUGUCCCAGUAUCCCAAAACCAUUCCUGCUUGGACAGAGUUCGAGCAAGUUCCCUACCUCGCGGCGUGUGUCAAGGAAGGCCUUCGGUAG